UCACGCUCAUUUGUUCUCCUGUGCGAGCGUGUAUGUACGACGAUCGAUCAAAUCGAGCGAGAUAGUCCUCGUCGGUGAGAUAAUUUCAAGUGAUUCAGGAAAACAGUCACGAUGAAGUAACCUCUCGGAAGGAACGAGAACGGAACAUCCUGAAGUUGCCGCGCACUGACGUUAACUUGGCAACGACAAAAGCCGGCAAAGUGAUGCAUCAAUCCUUCGUUGAGGAUAGCUCGGUCGAAAUCACGUCUCGCGGAAAUCCGAUAAUGUGAGCUUGAAAUCGGACGAGGUUGUGCCAUUAACGGCUAUUAGGUAAAUUAUUCCAGGAAAUGGCAACGACUAAAGCCGAUAAUGUGAUGCAUCAAUCCUUCGUUGAGGAUAGGCUCGGUCUAAGUCCCACCUCGCAGAAAUCUGAUACUGUGAGCUUGAAUCAGACGAGUUUGCGCCUUUAACAGUUAUUAGAUAGACUCGAUAUGAAUAACUCAGUAGACUGCAUGGCGACCUACUUAAGGGAAAUCCAAACAAACGUCUUAGUAAUAGUUAGGAAUUUCCGUUCUCGUAUUUGCCUCAACAUAAUUCACAGAUCUUUCGUGAUCGAAUCGAUACGACGACAACUCAAAGGUCGAUACAAAAGCAGUCUAGAUAUUUACGGGCAGUCCGUCAUGGAAGAUCCGAAUUUCUCUGAACCGAUGAUAUACAAAGCAGAUCUUGUUUUGCAUUCGGGAAUAUUAAACGGAUUGUCCAUUUUGAAGCGUCACAAUAACGCUACUUUAACGUACAUAGACAAGUUAUUAAAGAUGGACAUUGGCUUCGAAUUCGAACUUUUAAAGGGAAGGUAUGAUUACAUCGUAAAACUGGUCUUUCAAAAUAUUAGAGGCCGUAUUAAAGCAUUAGCGGAAAACAUACGCGCUGUAAUUAACAUCACAUUCAACACAACAAAUUACACUUUGGUCCUCAACAAAUUCGACUUACAAGUUCCUAGUCGCAUUAAAGUAACAGUCGAAAAUAAGGAUGGAUCAAUAGAUUGGAUAAAUACGAUUAUCGUCAAUAUCAUAGCUCCGUUCUUUAAGGAAACAAUUACGAGCACCGUUCGAAAGGAAGCGUCCAAUGCAAUUCAAACAUAUUUCAAUGAGAUAAAUCAUAAGAUCGCUCCGCGCAAAACGUCGGCUCAGAUUUUAAAUCAAUUGUUAAAUCAGAGUAUAACGAAUGGACAUCAAAUGUGUAUACGAUAAAAAUAUAUAUUUAUUCCUCCAA